ACACAAAGCAACGAUUUCUAUGUGUAGGCAGGCGGCCAUAUUUUCAUCAGUUAUACUUUUGAUAGUGUAGCACACACGAGUGCUGAUCAUAACAUCAUACGAGAAGAGAAAAGUAACAAAAAGAAACUACAUAAUCAAACGCUGAACGAACAAACAGAACAAAAAAAGAGAAACGCAUCGAACAGAGAGAAUAAAUAACGUUCAAGUGUUGGUGUUUCGUUUUUUUUGUACACGGUGGAUUUGUGUGAGUGUGUGUGUGUGUGUGUAUGUGCGAGAGAGUCAGGAAAAGUACAGAGCGACAACGAAAACAACAAAAGAAGAAUAGAGCAGUGUUCAUAUUCUCAUCAAAAGAUCUGAAUAGGCAGAAGAAAACGAAAUAAAACGCUGGUUAGUUCGAUUUCAAUCCACAUACUAUUUUAUUUGACACAUAAAAUAAUCUGGUAAAUGAAAGGUUGACAAAAGUUGAUACAUAGACCUGAAAUUCCAGUAGGAAACGUAUGCAAAGAAGAAGAAGAAGUUAAAUAAAUAUCUAAUGGAAAAGCGUGAGCUUUAGCAUUGAAUUGGAUUCGAUCCUUUGUUUUGUACAGUUUUUUUUUUGAAUGUUUCUGUGUUUUUUUCUCUCUCUCGCUUCUGCUGUGGCAUUUCUCUCCUUUUGCAUUGUUUCAUCAUUCACUAAGAUCGAUUGCAAGAAAGAAACUUUUUUUUGGUGUGUGUAAUUUUCCCUUGUUGUUAUUUGAAAAUUAAAGAAAAAACGUAAGUGAAUUUCACUCUGCCAUUGUUUUUGUUUGGUCUCGGUAAUAUUUUGGCUAUGACAAGAGAAGAAAGAAAAAUAAAAUCUAUUUGCACUCGUUCCGUCAUCGUGCAAACAUACAUCACACACAUCAAUGUGUGCACAUUUCAUAUUCGUGCAUAACAAUUAAAUGACUAAAGUACUAUCGUUCGGAUGGAACAGAAAUUCAGUGUGUGAAAAACAAAACUACGGCAGCAAAAGAAGUGAAGAGAACUCGUGAAUGGGACACAACUACCGACAAUCGCGAAAGAAAUUCAUCGAAAGAAAGACUCAAUGGUACCAAACGAAAAAAAAUUCAUCUUCAUUCACUUCUGGUUUACAAAAUAUUCAGUCGAAAGUUGUUGAACGAAAAAAAAUUUGGUUCAAAAAUCGCACUCAGCGUACUCGAAUGUGUGCGUGUGUCAUGUAAAGUAUUUCGUUUUGAGAAUUGCAAGAAAAAAAAACAAACAAACGAUUCAAUUGCAUGCAUUGCAUAAAUGGCAAACAAGAGAAAAAAACAUGAAAUCAAACCAAAAUGUAAUUCAAUCUCUUGUUUGUUCGGUGUUGUUUGUUGCCUUCGUCAUUUUCUCAUAAGGUUCAUUGUUUGUGAGCAUGUAUGCGUGCAUGUGUGUAUAUGUGUCUUAAUUUCGUAGCCAAUCGAAUAAUUCGGCUGUGUAUUGGAAUUAAUUAUUUUCGAUUUGCUACUGAGAAAUAACACGCUAAUACACAAUAAAAGUGUGCAAUAAAAAGCAACAAACUAAAGCUGGUGCUGCUGCUGUUGCUGUUGUUGUUGUUUUCGUACAUUGUAAUAACAAAUGUAGCCAAUUCAGUGUUUCGUAGCUGGACUACGUCAUUGUUCGAUUUAUCAAAUAGAACGUCAUGGCAAAAAUGGAAUCGUGAAAUGUAACAUUCUAGGCGAAAAACGAAAACAAAAAAUCUACGGAUGAUGGCGACCGCCGAGAGUACAAUUCGCUUUAGCGAUCACACAAUGGAUAAAGCGACCAAAGCAAAAGUCACCCUAGAAAAUUACUACACAAACCUAUUAACGCAGCAUUCGGAGCGAAAGCAGCGAUUGGCUAAAUUGGAAGCAUCGCUCAAAGAUGAAACAUUGUCCGAGUCGCAGAAGCAGGAGAAGCGCCUUUUGCACGCUCAAAAAGAGACGGAAUUUUUGCGCUUAAAACGAUCUCGGCUGGGCGUUGAAGAUUUUGAAGCGCUCAAGGUGAUCGGACGCGGUGCUUUCGGUGAAGUGCGUUUAGUACAGAAAAAAGAUACCGGCCAUGUGUACGCAAUGAAAGUGCUACGCAAAGCGGAUAUGCUGGAAAAAGAACAGGUGGCACACGUUCGGGCCGAACGUGAUGUAUUAGUGGAGGCCGAUCAUCAAUGGGUCGUUAAGAUGUAUUAUAGUUUUCAAGAUCCGGUCAAUUUGUAUUUGAUAAUGGAAUUUUUGCCCGGCGGUGAUAUGAUGACAUUGUUAAUGAAAAAGGAUACACUAUCCGAGGAAUUCACGCAAUUUUAUAUUGCCGAAACGGCAUUAGCUAUCGAUUCAAUUCACAAAUUAGGAUUUAUUCACAGAGACAUUAAACCAGAUAAUUUACUUUUAGACGCCCGAGGUCAUUUAAAGCUGUCCGAUUUUGGCUUAUGUACAGGUUUAAAGAAAUCUCAUAGAACAGAUUUUUAUCGGGACUUAUCGCAAGCUAAGCCAUCCGAUUUUAUUGGUACUUGUGCAAGUCCAAUGGAUUCAAAACGGCGUGCAGAGAGUUGGAAGCGAAACAGACGUGCAUUGGCAUACAGUACGGUCGGAACGCCAGAUUAUAUCGCACCAGAAGUGUUUCUUCAAACUGGCUAUGGUCCAGCGUGCGAUUGGUGGUCAUUAGGUGUGAUUAUGUAUGAAAUGCUAAUGGGAUAUCCACCGUUCUGUUCGGACAAUCCACAAGAUACGUAUAGAAAAGUAAUGAAUUGGCGUGAAACGCUGAUCUUUCCACCAGAGACGCCGAUUUCCGAGGAGGCAAAGGAGACAAUUGUGAAAUUUUGCUGUGAAUCCGAGCGGCGCAUGGGCUCAAAUCGUGGAAUCGAAGAGUUAAAAUCCAUACCAUUCUUCCGUGGCGUCGAUUGGGAACAUAUUCGAGAAAGACCCGCUGCAAUUCCAGUCGAAGUGCGCUCAAUCGACGAUACAUCUAACUUUGAUGAAUUCCCCGAUGUAUCACUCGAAAUCCCAUCUGCCCCAAUACCGCAAGAGGGUGAGGUUCUCAAAGACUGGGUCUUCAUCAACUAUACAUUCAAACGUUUCGAGGGGCUAACGCAACGAGGCACUCCAACAAAAAAAUAAUGCAACGCCUCAACCAAUGUAAUUUUUGUACAAAAGAAAAUCUAAAAAAAAUGUUCAAUUAGAAAUGAAACAAAAGAGAGUAAAUUGAAAGUAAGGUAAAUAUAGAUUAUUGAAUGAUUAAAUUGAUUCUAACUGUUUUCCGUUUCGAGCAAUUGUCCUUCGUUUUUUUUUCGAGAAACUUUAUAAUGUUUUUUUUUAUUCAAUAUAUUUCUUAACUUAUUUUAUUCUAAAAGAAAACAAAGAAAGAAGAUUUAAAAAAAAAAUUUGAUUGGUUCAACAAAGUAGAAACAACAAGAAAAAAAAUAGAUUGGAAACUUCCUCUCAUACUAUGUGUGCGGACAAUUAGAAUCCUCUGGCUCAUCGAUAUCAUGACAUAAAAUUAGAAAUGAAAACACAUAUAGAAUGGAUCAAACAUUUUGAAUAUUUCGUUAUAAUUGUUUUUAGCUGGAUUUCGUCAACAUGUAUGCGAUGGAUUCAACUGUAGCUAGCCCAUUAAAUUUUAAAUUAUUCGUUUUGUUUUUUUUGCUUAAAUUUAUGGAAAAAUGUACGUAGCAGAAGAAAAACCGACUUUUGUUCAGUUUAUCAGAUGCGUUCACAAGACAACCCGUGUGAAAAAAAAAUGACUGACUGACUAUAACUUCAGUUGACUUUAGUUGAUUGAAUUUAUAUUUUUGUUCUAAGAAAAUCACUUGGUCCCAAAUGAAGCAACUUAGAUUGACUUGUAACUUCAAAUGAUUUCAGUUAACUAUGAUAGACUUACACUACACUUUGUACUGAAAUGUCAAUCAAAGUAAGUCAUUUUUGUCCCAAAUUAGUUAACUGACUGCUCAGUUACUAUUUUUUCACACGGGAAACACGCAUACGUUUGUUAUUUAAAAUGAAAAAAAAACAACAACAACAACAAAAACACAAGACCGCUUGCUUUAAAACGCUAAACUUGUUUAAAUUUUUUGUUUCCAUCCCCGACACAACCAAACACAAUUCCAUCGAAACUGAACUAAAAAAAACAGAGAAAUUUUAAGAUAGACAAACCAUCUAUUGCUCCACUACAACGCAACAAAGAAUACUGUCAGCUAAAACAAAAACAUAUGGUUACUUAACUAUACUGUAAAUUAAGUUGUCGCAAAUGAUUGCUUAUAAAUGACAUUGCGACGAAAAACUGUGCAUUCUCAUGUGAACAAUUUGCAAAAUUCAACCCUGAAUUAAUGAAGAACAAAAAAUAAAGAACAAUAAUUUGUAUUGUUAAAAAUAUA